CACUAUGGAGAUUUAAAAACGCAUGGGAUGUCAAAGAAGCAUCAACAAAAUACAAAGGUUAUCGUUACGCAACCUAAGCUACCGUUCAAACCAGAGCCUGUAGGAAAAAAGAAAAAGGAAGAAGCCAGACUCGCAUUAUUCACAGCAAUGCAUACCAGCAUCCGUGUAGUUGACCACUUGGGUGAGGUAAUUAAUCACAGUCAUGAAAAAGAUAUUGAUAGAGUGCAACUACACCGAACCAAGUGCACUUCUGUUAUUAAAAAUGUAUUGGCGUUGCAUUUUACCCAAAUUCUAAAAGAAGAUAUUAAAGAUCAACCCUACAACAAACUGCCUAUAAAGAGUUGUAUAAAACCAUCAAUGAAGGACAAAAACCGCAUAAAAUUGUUCAAGCGUGCCAAACAAGAUGGCUGUCAAUAG